AUGGGACCCGGGGCCGGGUUCCUCACCAAGCGGCGCACCCCUGAAGCAUUGCUGGGUUGUGUGGCGCACACAUGCCAAGCGAGCUACGGGUAUCCUAACCCAUUGCCGCCCACCCCAAGCCCACCACCUCCUGCGGCACCCGCACCAGCAGUACUCACCGUGGGCUAUUACCACAAGACGUGCCAUAACGUGGAGAAGAUCGUGAGGGAGGUCGUGGAGGAGGCUCAAAAGGCCGACCCUGGCAUCGGCGCCGCGCUCAUCCGCCUCUUCUUUCACGACUGUUUCGUCAGGCCGGAGAAGUUCGGCAUCCCCAACUUCCCCAGCCUCCGCGGUUACGAGGUGAUCGACGCGGCCAAGGAGAAGCUUGAGAAGGAGUGUGAGGGGGUCGUCUCGUGCACCGACAUCGUGGCCUUUGCGCGGCGUGACGCCACCAUCUUGCUAACCGAAAAAAAGAAGUUCGGCUUCCUCGACUUCCUAUUGGGUGACAGGAAGUCCAACUUCGACAUGCCGGCUGGCCGCUACGACGGGAACGUGUCCCUCGCCAGCGAGACCCUCCCCAACCUGCCCCCUCCCUUCACGAACAUCACUGUCCUUGAGGAUAUGUUCAGGGUCAAGGGGCUCAGCCUCGAGGACAUGGUCACCCUCUCGGGCGCCCACACGGUCGGGAUCUCCCACUGCUCGUCCUUCCGUGACCGCCUCCCCCCAAACCCCUCAUCGAUGGAUCCAACUUUAGCUGCAUCCCUGCAGGGGCAGUGCAGCCGCGGCGACGACCCCACUGUGGUUCAGGAUCCCAAGACUCCCGAUGACCUGGACAACCAAUACUAUGACAACGUGCAGAAACGCAAGGUGUUGUUCAAGUCAGAUGCCGCGCUCAUGUCAUCUGAUACGACAUCGAGAUUGGUGGACAAUCACGCCAAGGACCUGCGGGAGUGGUUGAAGCAAUUCAAGGCGGCUAUGGUGAAAAUGGGCAGCAUCGAGGUGAAGACCGAGGCCAACGGGCAGAUCCGAAAGCACUACCAGUUUGUCAAUUAA